GGUAAACACCCGCGGGAGGGGCGCGGGGGUGGCGCGCGAGGCCGCGGGCCGGGGCGGGGCGCACCGGGGCCGCCGCGCGGGCGGGACCGCGGGUGCUGGGGGCGGGGGCAGGAAGCCAGCGCGGCCCGGGCCGGCCCGCGCGGCCGGGUGACGUCGCUCGGCUUCCAGGGAUCUCUCCCCGAGGCCGCGGGCCCCCUCCUCCCUGCCCUCCUCCGCGCCUCGCCGGGCGCCGCGGCCGGCGUUUCUGGUUCGCCGCUCGCUGGCCGGCCCCGCGGGCCUGCCUCCUCGGCCGCGCUCGCUCGCCGUUCCCUCGACCCUCUGCCUCCCCUGGCGCGCGCCCUCCUCUCGUCCCUCCUGCGUCCUUCCGAGCUAGAUCUGCCCCCCGCUUUCCUCUUCCUCGCCCGCCCCUCUCCCCCUGCCUCCCUGCCUCCCUGCCUCCCUGCCUCCCGCUCCGCUCUCCUGCGCGUCUCCUUCUCGCUGUCUCCCCCUCCCUCCGGGUUUCCUCCCCCCGCCCUCCCUCCUCCCUCUCCCCUCCCCCCCGCCCCUCGCAGCCCCGCGGCUUGCAGCGCCCCAGUCAGCCUCGCCGAUCCAGCGCCGCCGCCGCCCGCACCCGCCGCAGGACCGGCCCGCCCGGCUCCCCCGGGUGCGCCCUCCUGGGUCCCGCGCCCUCCGGGCUCGCAGGGACACCCUCCUCCCUCCCGGCUGCGGCCCCGCCCGGCCGGCCCCCGCCCCGCGCCCCGGAGCGCCGAGGAUGUGAGUCCUGCUCUCCUCGGCCGGAGCAGCAGCCACUCGCGCGCGGAGCCCGAGCGCAGCGCAGCGCAGCUGCGGGCGCUCGUUGGGUCGCUCGCGCGGGCUGCGCGCUCUUGCCCUAGCGGUGUCCCCCAGCCUCUCGCCGGCGCCGCCGCCGCCGCAGCCCGCGGGCCGUCCCCGGCCGGCCGCCCCCGGCCCCAGCGCCGCUGACCCUGUCCGCCGCGGGCGGGGACGCGGGCGGAGGAGGUGCCGCCGCGGAGCCCCCGGACGCGACCAUGUCGGAGGUGCUGCCCUACGGCGACGAGAAGCUGAGCCCCUACGGCGACGGCGGCGACGUGGGCCAGAUCUUCUCGUGCCGCCUGCAGGACACCAACAACUUCUUCGGCGCCGGGCAGAACAAGCGGCCGCCCAAGCUGGGCCAGAUCGGCAGGAGCAAGCGGGUUGUUAUUGAAGAUGAUAGGAUUGAUGACGUGCUGAAAAAUAUGACCGACAAGGCACCUCCCGGUGUCUAACUCCCCCAAAGACAAUGAGUUAAGGGAAAGAAUAAGAGCAGCGGCGAGAGCAGUUAUUGGUAAAAAGCAUGAAAAAGAGAAAGCACUCCGCAAUUUUUUACUAGCUUGCUACCCACGAUGAAAUCAACAACCUGUAUCUCGUGUCAGGCUGGGAGACAGAUGAGGCAUGUGGAGGAGGAGGAGGAGGAGGAGGAGGAGGAGGAGGAGGAGGAGGAGAAGGCUCUGGGCUCCUCUGCAAAAAUAGAAAUAAAAUACAUAAAAUAAAAAAAUUAAAUCACUAUAUACACACAUAUAAAGAAAUAAAAAAGAAGUCUCAGUUGCAGCUAUUUGUCAAAAUUAAUAUCUAUUUCUUUUUCUAUACCGUGAAUAUUGCGCAAUUAUAGAUCUGGAUUUUGAACCACUUAACGAAGCGGCAACACCCGCCGAGGUGUUGGUAUUCUUCGCUGAUUUGGCUGUUCCCAAUGUUUACAUUAUUUAAUCUUGCAAAAAUGAUUCUGUGCACUUGGAUGUGAAAUGCUGUCUAGUUUUAUUUUUUUAUGUUAUCUUUGGAUGUACAAAAAAAUCAGAAAGUGAUCUCUGUAGAUACUGUUUUAUUUUGGUCAUCUUUCGAAGUUAUCAGGAAUGUGUUUAAAACAAGAAGAUAACUUUUCUAAGGAAUGAUACAUAGAAAGGAUCCUUGUUUUAUUUUAAGAUGAAUUGUAAAGCUUGUGUUUCUUUGUUGCUGCAAGCUAUUUGCCCAAGUUAAUGCAAAUGGACACAUUUUAUAUGUCAGAAAAAAAAAAAAAAAACACCAUGAAAAACAAAGAAAAAAAAAUGCUUGAGCUUUUUCUAACCUCCCCCUGCAGUCUGUUGUUUGAGCCGCCUGUUUUUUUCUCUAAUAUUGUGUCAGUUUAUUCUCUUUAAUGGACUGUAAAAAAAAAAAAAAAAAAAAAAAUGUAAUCACAAGAGUGCCAAAUAUCUUGAAAUGCCAAAAGGCAUUUUGGUUUUCUUCCUUUUCCCUGUGCUCUGAGUCCACAUAAAGGAAUGCUUGGAGUCUUCUGUUAUUUAUAGGGAUUCUCUAAGGCACAGCAGCUGCCUGAUUUGCAUGGUAUUUGCAAAAAUGCCUCUUGCGUGAGGAAUCUUUUACCAUUUUUUGUUUGCAACUUUGGACCUCAAGAGGUUUCCCCUCCCUUUCCUGGUUCCCUCUUUUCUUAAUUCGAUAUUCUGUAUGUUGCACCUUGAACCAGCACACAGGGCUAUUUCUCCAAUGUACAAUAAAAUCACCGUUCCUGUGUC